UCAGGUGAUACAUCUGCACGCAUAAUUGUUUGAGCCAAAACUCAGACCUUUAUUUUAUGAUUUUUCAUUACAUAUUAGCAUAGAAUUCCAUUAUAUCCGUAUCAGGACAAUUAUAUUAGAAAACUUAGAAUUUUCAUGGAUAAGCAUUAUCAUGCGUAUCUAGGCUUUUUGGAGUGCAUUAUUGUUAAUUCUCUUUUUUGCACAUUUCCUUUGAUAAAUCACAUGCUAUAACUUGGGAAAUUUAGGAAAAUCAUAUCUUGCAUAUUAAUAAAUUUAGAUUGCAUCUUCAUAAAAAAAAAAAAAAAAAAAAAAUGUGAAGUGGAACUCUCCUUCGAGUCAUGAAGAGUAUUAUCGCCCCAUUCCUGCAUUUUUUUUUCUUCAUCAGUUUUUUUCUGUUUUUCUUAUUUAGUUUUUCUUCUUGCUCUUUUUCCAUUUAUUAGACUUAUAUUUGAAAAGAUAAAUGGAAAUCUAGACAUAAUUCCAAUUGACAAGUACAACAGAGAUUAAUGAAUGAUUAAUCAUAAUAUGAUUAAAAAUGACAAAAGUUGGACUAAAACUAUAGUUUUGUCAAUUUGAGCAAGAGAACAAUAAUCACUGCUAAUUGUCAAUCACACACACAAAAAAAAAAAAUAAAAAAUGGCAUCCAUGUAACGCGUGGAAAACUACUAGUAAUGUAAAAAAGACAUUCACAUGGGAACGGAAGAGGAGGAUUUGAAAAGUGAAGCGACAAAUCCAAUUUGCAUCUCCGUAAGUCUUAGUCUUCUUCGAUUUUAUUAAAUUUUCUUUCCCAUAAGCUCUUUAUCAGUUAUACUUCACUUUCAUGACAAAAAAGUUCAUGAUACCCAGUGAAGUUUUGGUCUUCCCGAGUUUAUGAUUUUUUUUAUAUGAACAAGUAUAUGAUCGUGGAUACUACAUAUGUAUGGGGAUAAUCUCUAAAUAUUACAGAACAAACACUUGUGAAGAAAAGAAAAAGAAGAAAAAGUUGCAGCAAGAUGGGCGGCAAUAUCUGCUGAAAGUGACUGAUUCACCUAUGGACAUUGGAGGGAUCGUGUUGGGUUCCUUUUUGGCUUCAUCCUUUCAGGUCCUGUUCGACAAGUUGGCUUCUUCCGCAUUAGGUUAUGCACAACAUAAAGGAAUCAGCACUACCUUGCCUAAGGUGUGGAAGGAGAAGCUAUUCAUAAUCAAUGCAGUGUUGGCUGAUGCAGAGGACAAGGAACUUAGUGGUAACCAUCAAGUGAAGCUGUGGCUGGACAAGGUUAAGGACUUGGCCUAUGACAUGGAAGACUUGCUCGAUGAGUUUGAGAUCAAAGCUGCUCACAUUGAGUUAGAGGCAGAAUCCAGCACAAGCAAAGGUUUGGGGAAAUGGAAGUUCUCUUUUUUGGCCAACCACCCUCACUCAUGUCUAAAACCAAGAUACAAGAGAUCAAUGACCGGUUGGAAGAGAUUGUCAUUGGAAAGGUUCAUUUAA